UUGGAUGCCACUGGUUCGGCUAUGAUGCUUACCGGCCUCUACUUAACUUAUGCAUCCAAUUUUCAAAUGCUGAGGGUGGCUGCCCUCAUAUUCGUUGGUAUAUUCGGUGCCAUUCACCUCAAUUAAACGCUUACUGCACGCCAUUGGAUGGCUAUGUUCACCAUCAGCUGCGGCAUCGUGGUUAUCAUGUCCGUUGACGUGCAUCGUGUUGAAUAUGAUCGCUCUUCCUUGCCCAAAUGGGACAGCAAUGCAGUGUUAACCGGCAACUUACUAGUUGUUUUCGCACAAAUUUUCCAUGCCGCCAAAUUUAUUUAUGAUGAAAAGUAUCUUAAGGGUACUGAUAUACCGACAAUGUUAGCUACCGGCUGGCAAGGCAUAUUCGGUCUAUUGUUCACGCUUCUGCUAGGCUUUUGCCUAAAUUUCUUACCUUCACCUGUUCCGCUUAAUAAUAAUACACGCGAGGUUUUUGACGAUCUUGGCGAUGACCAUGGUUAA